AUGUCGGAGAAGAAGGAUUGUGGUUGUGGCACUGGCCAACAACACUCCACCCUUUUAUGCCCCCCGGGUAACCUGAAAGAAUGUAUCGAUUGGAUUCUUAGGGUGACUAAUAAGGAUAAUGGGCAGAAUGGUGAUCAGAAUGGCAACGGUGCCAAGGAACUUGGAGAGAAGGUAAAGGCGUUACUUGAAAAAGCUAAUGAAGCUGCCAAAAAGAAACUUGAUGAGGAUAAACAAGUGUUCAAUAAAGUAAUAACACAGUUGAAUGGUAAUGGUACAUUGAUCACCGAAUUGGCCAAGAAGUUGGCUACAUUCAUUGGUUACAAUAAUGGUAACUUGAACGGUAGUGGUAUAGGUAACAAAGGUAAUGGUAGUGGUGGUGGUACAAAGUACACGUCUGUUUACAGUGAUAAAGCCACCUGGAAGAAGGAGCAAGCCGCUUCUUGCGCUCGCAUCUUCCUCGGCACUAUCCCCGUAAUUUUUUCAGGGCUAAGUUAUUUGUAUUGGCAGUGCCAUGAAAAUGGUUCUAGGUGGUCCACUCAUAAAAUCACCGGCACCGACACUCUUGGCAUCUAUUUCGCCUCCUGUGGUUAUAAAAGUGAUGACUUGAAAAGUGAUAAGAAAGGUUCGGAUAUCAAAACGUUACUUGACGGUUUCACUGAAUUCAACGGUACUGCCACUUCCACCGUCACCGACGCCUACCCCGUGUACAUCGAAAAAGUACUAACCAACGCCUCUAACAAACCAGAGCAAUACCCCCUCUCCAGCCUCUACAUCGCAUCGCAAUACUAUUUCCAAUCGCAAUUCAACGAUGGCACCCGUGUUCCAACCACCAUCAGAGAAAUGCUCUAUUGGCUCAUGGCUCUACCAUAUAGUGGUUGUUUCCAACAUGCGGAACAGGAAGUUAAGAAUGGUAUAAAUAAGCAUACCAAUGCGGGUGGUAUUAUACCAUUCGAAGGGGGUCCCACCUUAAAGCCUACUGAUCCCCUCGAUUGUCUUAUAUCAACCACUUGCCAUUACACCGCUGUGGUCCUAUCCACUAUCCAAGGGAAAUUGUGUAGUCCCAAUACAACUACAACGACAGAUGAGACAACCAAACCAAAUCCAACCAACAUUCAUGAUAUCUAUUCCAAUUCCCACUUCAAAUUCAAUUACCCGAACACCGUCACCGAUUGGUUCAAUGAACUGUGGGAUGUUGUGUAUGCACUAAUGUCUCAAUUAUAUUUCCUCCGAAGACAAUGUGCAACGAGUAUUGAUAAAGGUUGCGGUUGGCGGUGGUGUAGAUAUGGUAGUGAGAUCAAAUAUCAAAAUAAGAUAGACAGUGAUGGGCCAUUGCAAUCAUGGAUUUGCAAGGGUAUUAAGUGUACUGAUCACACCGGUGGUAGCAAUUGCGCCACUGAACACAAACAAUGCGGCCAAUCCCAUGCCUCCCCCCUCCAAGCUUUCCUUACAGAUUGUCUAACCGGUUUCCGAUGUGACAAACUCCCGAAUAACGGUGGCCCAUACUUAUCCUAUUCCAUUCACCAAUUCCAUCGCAAUUUCAAUCAAUAUUGCCCCGUACCAAUGGGAUUCAAUCACGAAAUGUUAACACACAGCGAUCGCACUGGUGACUAUAUCUAUUGGAUACUAGUUUACUUCACCGAAGAUGACCGUAACUCCGUCACUCUCUACAACACAAUAAGAUGUCUAAUAUGCACCAGCUUACGUACUCCCCGUACAGUCGGUGAUCUUUUUGCUUUCUUCCUCUGUGCUGGGUUUUUCUUGAAAAAUGGUGAUGUCGACAAAAAAAUACCAUGGAGCACUGAAUCUACAAAGUUUACCACCGCAGUUCAAACCCUAGCUAGAACUCAACAUGCCGGUGGCUCCCACUCCGCCGACCUUAACAGCCUCCAUAUCUGCACCACAGGCAAAACCUGUGGCCAAUACCUCCAAUCGCUCUCCUAUAGUAUCUAUCGCAAUAUUUCUAAAACUUUCGCUAUGUCCUAUCUAUCACGUAUUGUGUAUCUCACGGAUGUUUUCGAAAAAGGUCUUGAAGAAUUACUUACAGAGUUCAACAACCUCAGUUGCGAAAAUUGUGUCUGCAAAGGAUGCAAAUCCAACAACAAUUGUCACAUUAACGUUGGCAACUGUCACUGUCCCACCAUCGUCCAAUGUCACAAUGUCCUACCCCUUUUCUUCAAAUUCGGCUUCACAUUUUCAAUGGCCGAUGCAUUGAAUGGAAAAUACAAUGCCAACACCUCCUACAAACGCACCUGCUCCCAAUUCUCCACGCAACUCACAAAAGUCAUCACCGGCGAACCAUUCGAACAACUCCUCUCAGUUAUCAACAAAUUCCUCCUUUGCAUCCGCCAACCCUUCCUCCUGUACCUCCUAACGUUCUGGAUUGUAGCCAUUCUAUACUUCACCUACGGUCUUACAAUACCACUCGACGUUCUACACCUACGUUCACAUUGGAGACCCGCUUUGUCACAUCAAAUAUCGGUGUUGGCGUUAUUAUCACACAAGGCAAUGUCUCCAACAAAGGUUGGAUAUUUCAACCCAUAA